UUUAGUGGUAGAAUUUUCUGUAUAAUCUCAUGUUAUUCUCUACAUAAUGUCCGUUCGAUUACAAUGUGAUUAAAUAAUAUAUUCUGUUCCUGCUUAGAGGGAGAAUUUUGUACCUAAUCUUACCUUAUUCGCGCCCUAUUCGCGGCAAGAUAAGGCCUUCAUCCCCGCAGUGAUGGUGACAUUAUAGAAAUCGAACUUUGUCACAUCUUGUAAACUCUUCAUUAAAUAAGCUUUAUUAGCAAGUAAGCAAGUCACAUCAACAACGCGUUGAUAACUCUGAUCCCACCUAUCAAAUCACUGGGCUGCCAAUGUGGCCUUUCUCAUUGCUAUGGAGCACUGACAGGACCAAAGCCAGAGCUGUGAUAGAAGCCAAACGGGCUGAACGGGAUCGCCUUAUUGCCUCCGCCCCCGAGCUUUCUGUUCGUCAUAAUCAGUUUCUGAAAGCUGGAGCUCAUGAGAUUGUUUCGCGUAUCGAGAAAGGGGACUGGACAGCGAGAGAGGUCGUAGAAGCGUACAUUUCCCAGGCUGCAAAGGCCCACAUAGCGACAAAUUGCUUGACGGAAGUUUUAUUUCAGCAAGCUUUGAAGCUCGCUGAGGAACUUGACGCAGAGUUUGCGGUGACAAAGAAGUUGCGGGGCCCGCUUCAUGGGGUACCAUUUAGUGCCAAGGACCAAUUUAACAUUGCUGGAUUCGAUACGUCCAUCGGUUUUACCACAUGGGCUAAUAGACCUGCAACGACGGAUGCAGUGCUUGUUAGCCAACUCAUAUCCCUCGGCGCAAUACCAAUUGCAAAAACUAAUGUUCCUCAAACCAUGUUUUCCUUUGAAUGCAACAAUCCUCUCUGGGGUCGAACUACCAACCCUUACAACUCCAAAUAUACGUGUGGAGGUAGCUCCGGCGGUGAAGCGGCACUUUUGGCAAUGGACGGGUCUGCCUUUGGUAUUGGGAGCGACGUUGGAGGGAGUCUGCGUAUCCCUGCAGCUUAUUGUGGUGUUUACGGUUUGAAGCCAAGUUUUGGCCGCGUAUCUAAGGCCGGAGCUCAAAGCGCCAAUCCAGCUUUCGAAGGUAUCAAAUCUGUUACUGGACCCAUGGCACGAAAUGUGAACGAUUUGGAGUUGUUCUGCCAAGCAAUCUUUGGGCUCCAAGACGAAACACAUUCGGACUAUACAUUUGUUCCAAUGCCCUAUCGCCGGCCUGAUCUACCCAAACGGCUAAAAUUUGGAUAUUAUACUGCAGAUGGAUUUGCAAAGGCUUCACCGGCAGCAGCUCGUGCCGUGAUGGAGACUGUUGAAGCAUUGAAGGCACAAGAUCAUGAAUGCAUCGAGAUUGAAAUCCCAGAUGUCUCCGAUUCUCUAGAGAUUUACCUUGCAUUAGUCUCCGCAGAUGGAUACAAGCGCAUGACUAGUCCGAUUGGACCAGACCCCAUGGAACCUAGUUUGUUCUUACCAGUUUACGGUUCCCGAAUUCCUGCUUUGAUCCGCAAGUUUGGAGCAUGGGUCGUUGAGAGAAUACUCGGUGACAAAUUGUUUGCUAAGUUUAUACGCGCAUCUAGAAUCAAAACUGUCUCGGAAACAAACUAUUGGGCAGAGCAGAGGAACAAAUGGAAUACUAUGUUCUAUGAAAAGGUUUGGAAUCAAUAUGGUCUGGAUGGAAUUAUAUGCCCAGUUCAAGCGAUGCCGCAAAUCCCACAUGGUGGCUCUACUACCGUCAAUUCUCUUGUCGUCAGUACGGCUUUAUACAACUUAGUUGACAGUCCAGUAGGAAUUCUGCCAGUAACGCAUGUGGAUGCGCAUAAGGACCAGAUCACUGAGGCAUGGACAUCUCCCAACUCCAGUAAGCGUUCAGUCUUGAUGGAGCAGAGGUUGUAUACGGCUGCAAACCCGAUGUACAACCCUAUUGAGAUGGACCGCAUGCCAGUUUCUGUGCAGAUUGUAGGAAAGAAAUGGGAGGACGAAAAGGUGGUGGCUAUGAUGACAAUCGUGGAUGAUAUUCUGGGACCAAACAGAGGAUUUGGCCCGCGCGGAUUUGUGAACCAUGUUACUUCAUAGUUGAAGCUAUUCAACAGCUUCUUGUGCUCAACAUGCACACCCUACAGAGCUUAUGUACAAGACUAAGUAGUGACUACCUGGUGGCUGCAGGAACUAAUCGGUAAUCAAGGGGUCGUCUCAAAUUUGGAGGCAUCUAUCGUAAUUGCCUAGCAAAUAUGCGAAUCAGGAAAAAACAUUUUUAGACUCGCUUCCGCGCACUUACCAUUCUGGUUUGCCCCCCACCACUGCGGGAAUAGAUGAGAGGUCCCUGCCGCUCCUUGAAC